AUGGCUGCUCGCAUUCACCGCCUCGGGAAAUUAAGCGGCUUGCUUCGCCCUUCAUCGCCUGUGAUAUCGUACUAUGUUCCAUUUAACCGUAGAUACUGUAAAGGAUUAAAUGGAAGUACUGUCCGAAUAGGAUGCUCGUCGGGAUUCUGGGGUGAUACGGCAGUUUCUGCCCCACAGUUAAUUUAUGGAGGUAAAAUUGACUACUUAGUGUCGGAUUACUUGUCAGAAAUCACAAUGUCGCUAAUGACUGCAGCAAAAACGAAAAAUCCUGAAAUGGGCUAUGCCCCUGAUUUUGUCUUGGCAUCGACAGCACCAUACGUUAAAGAAAUCAAAAAGAGAGGUAUUCGUGUGAUCAGUAAUGCAGGAGGUACCAACCCUGAGGCUUGUGCUGUUGCCCUUCGUGAUAUCUGUCAGAAGGCCUCGGUGGAUCUCAACAUCGCCGUUGUCACUGGUGACAACUUGAUGCCAAAGUGCUCAGAGAUCAAUGAACAAGGUUACAAGGAGAUGUUUUCUGGCUGCAAGUUUCCGAGUACUGUCAACAGCAUGAACGCAUAUCUUGGUGCUGGGCCGAUAGCGCGUGCCCUUGACCUUGGUGCGGAUAUCGUAAUUACAGGAAGAUGUACAGACAGUGCCCUUGUUUUAGCUCCCCUUCUCCAUAAGUUUCAGUGGAAAAUGGAUGAAUUUGAUAAACUUGCAGCUGGCAGCCUGGCUGGACAUUUGAUAGAAUGUGGUGCCCAGGUGACAGGAGGUAUCUUCACAGAUUGGCACAAGGUGGAAAACUGGGAUAACAUUGGAUUUCCGAUUGUGGAAUGUGACGCUGAUGGAGGGAUCAUCGUCACCAAGCCUGCUGGUACAGGUGGUCUAGUAUCUACAGCAACAGUAUCAGAACAAUUACUGUACGAGAUUGCAGACCCAGCUCACUACUUCCUGCCUGAUGUGGUGUGUGACUUUACGGGUGUCAACCUUACUGAUCUAGGCGAAAACAAAGUAUUGGUGGAAGGAGCCAAGGGGAGACCACCCACUUCAGAUUACAAAGUAUGUGCAACCUACCUAGAUGGGUACAGGUGUACCGCUGUGGCAGGUGUUGGUGGACCAAACAGUAAGGCCAAGGCAGAGAAAACAGCUGAGGCUAUCAUUAAGAGAUGUAAAAAGAUAUUUGCACAAAUGAAACUGGAUGAUUUCACGAACGUUGAGAUGGAAGUUUUAGGAUCAGAACAAAUGUAUGGUCCAAAUUCAAGGAUUCCCCAGGGCAGUAGAGAAUCAGUGAUGUGGCUGGCUGUUCACCACCAACAGAAGAAAGCACUACAGAUGUUUGCUAGGGAAAUAGCUCCAGCUGGGACAGGCAUGGCCCCAGGGUUGACGGGAAUUGUUGGAGGAAGACCAAGUGUAUCCCCAGUACUGAAGCUCUUUUCAUAUUUGUACCCCAAAGAUCAGCUAAAGCUUGACAUUCACAUGAAUGGAGAAUAUGCAGAGACAUUCCAACCCCAAUCCAUCACCACAGCUACCUACAACACUGGCAGCGCUGAACCAGAGACUGCGGAAUCCAGUCCCCUCCCUGGAGGCAACUGUACCUACCGACUGAGCGACCUUGCUUACACCAGAAGUGGUGAUAAGGGCAACUCGGCCAAUGUUGGUGUGGUUGCCAGGCACCCAAGUAUUUUACCAUACUUACAACAGGCUGUAACUGCCAAGGUCGUAGAUGAAUAUUUCGGUCAUCUUUUUAUGGACAGGGAUGGUCCUCUAAGCUCAAGGGUUCAAAGGUAUGAUGUACCAGGAAUUCAUGGAAUGAACUUUGUGUUACAUAACGUGCUGGGUGGUGGUGGCAUAGCAUCCCUACGCUGUGAUCCACAGGGAAAAGCAAUGGGUCAGAUGUUAUUAGACCUGGAGAUCAAGAAUAUGCCUGACUUCAGCUCUGUCUGUAGCACCAAUUGAUAUCAUAGUUACCUGGAACAUGGCACUACAUCAGCCUGUGGAGGUCAAACUGACUUUAUGGUGCAGAGGACAGGACCGUCAGUAUAUGUGAUGUGAUUAUCCAUAGUCUUAAAAUACCUCAUUGGUGAUACAGAGACCAAGCAUUGCAAUUGAUGUGUUUGAAAGUGAUGUUUGUGUCAAUUUGUGCCAAAUCCAAUUUCUGUGUCUGAUACAUUAGUUCAUUGGAGAAUUGCUGAGGAAGAUAUUACUAUGCCACCAAAAAGUAUCUGUUGCCCGAGAAAAUUUAAAUUAAAAAUUUAAAUCCAAUUAUUGUUUAAAAUUAUGAGACAUUAUUCAUGUAAGGCAUUUAGUAGUACAUUCUAUUUCAUUAAUUUUAUCAUAGAGUGCACGUAUAGAAAAUACAGCAACUGGUUAAUCAGUCAACAGUCAUGUUUGUGUUACAAAGUGAAAUAGUUGUGAUAUUUAGUCAUGACAAUGUGAAUAUUUGAUAAUGGUACAUGUAUCAGUAUACUGAACUAGUUUGAGUGCGAUACCAACACUUGGAAGAGGGGCUGAAUAAAAAACCAUUGACUGAAUGCUGCUCCUUGAGAAAGGCGUUUAAUGUUAUAAGAGUCUUGCAUUUAAUCAUCUAUAGGCUCUUUAUAGAUAAAGUAGAUAAACUGCUGGUGGAACUUUGUGUGGACAGAAUACAUCAUCUACACAGAUAACUUUAUAUGUCACAUUGAAAUGACAUCAUUGUGGAUAAGACAUUAUGAACUAUUUUUGCUUUGUAUAUUAGAAUUUGUGUGAAAUUUGGAUGUGUGAUACUUUAACAGUGCUGAUAAAUGAUCCGUUGUCAUGGAAACCUGGUUGUUAUGGACAAUGAAAUGUGAUUACUGAAUUUAUGUAUGUGAAACAAAUACAACAUUAUAUAUUUCUA